AUGUCGAUAGCUUUUGACGCAAGUUUCCUUUCGACAACUGCUGAAAUCGAUCCUUUCCUCAGUUUAUACUCGAAUAAGGCGUAUGUCGAUGCAAUGGUGAAACAGAUGGGCAAUCAAGUUGGAUCGGCCACAAUCACAAAGGCUUUCAUCCAAUGGGGAAAUGGGGAAUGGGAUGUGACAAACGUGUCCACGCUUAACAUUGUUGAAGCCGGAAUGGAAGUGACAUUCUAUUUACUCAACAUUCGCCGCGUGCCCAACUUCUACGUUUACGUGAUCGCUUUACCGUGUUUCAUUUUGACAGCUCUAUCGGUGGUGGGCAUGUUUUGGACGCGAAACAUCAAAAAAGAGCAACUCGUCAAGAAAAGAUCAGCUUCCGAUUCCGUUGAGCACGCAAUGUUAUCAGCUUUCGAUCGAGCCGUCACCCAACCAAGUUCUUCUUUUCGAAAAGCUGUUGUCGGUUUCAACUGCAAUGUUGAUCUGAUCGUGCCGGGCGUUUUGCUGCUUGAUUCUUUAAAUCUUUCAUCCGUUGAUCGAGGCUUUGAUCACAAGAAUUUAAAUAAUUUAAACGAUUUGGCCGAAUCCUUUCACUAUAUGUUCCAAAAGGGAGCCGCUGCUGAGAGAUUUAUAAAAAAUGAGGAAACUUUCUCGAUGAUGGUCAAAACGGCAGAGAAAAUGCCUAGAAUGCAGUACCACAUUGGCGGCAAUGCAGCUUUACUCGCCACACGAAUCGCCUCGAAUUUCCCGUGGACCGAGGUGCAUCUUGUUGGCCCAAUCGGUCCCCGAAGCCAGGCUCUUCUCCAUCCGUCAAUCAAAAGAAGCAAUUCAACAAGGAUCACAAAAGAUGAAUUGCAUGUGAUAUUGGAGUAUAAACAGGGAGAAGUUUUGGGAGAACACGUGGCAUUGGGCAGCUCUCGUUUCAUCACAUCACAUGAUUUGUACAGCAGCAGCACAAUCUUGAUCGAGAUGUUCUUCAAGGCGAUCGCCACCGUGCAACCGGAUCUCGUUAUUAUAACCGGAGUGCACUUGUUGGAGUUCCUGGAGAAAGACGUUCGAGUGGAAAAACUCCGUUUAAUCAAGCGAAACAUUGUGCAGAUUGAUUCACGAGUGCCGAUCCAUUUGAAGCUGGGGGGAUUGGGUGGAGAUCAAGAGUUCGCGAAGAGUGUUCUUGAAAAGAUCCUCCCCUACGCCGACUCGUUGGCCUUAACUGAGCAACAGUUAGCGCUAUUGGCAAAGGUUGGCGGCGGACCGCAUCCAAACGAGUACCCGGUUGUCGGUGGAGCUCUGCACACGCAUAAGGUCAUUGACAUGUUACACUGGUUGAUCACGAAAUAUGGAAAGCCGAAAAACGCGACGAAUGCUGAAGAGAAGCUGAAGAGAUUGUCAAGGAUUCAUUUUACUUGUUUGACUUUUCAUGUGGUGGUUGCAACUGGCUCAGAUUGGUCGAAUUUAGCAUCAGGAUUAGCGAGUGGAGCGAGAAUCGCGGGAAAAAUUGUUUGCGGCGGGGAAAAGGCUGAAGCUCAAGAUCUGCUCGAGAGUCGCACGUCGCAAAGUUUUCUUCUCGAUUCGUCUCUCCAAAAGAAUUACCAUUUCGAUCCACAUCACCCAAUCACUUCUUGGCUUCACGACGAUUCCCUUUUCCUUUUCACUCCAGUUUUAGUUUGUAAAUAUCCACGGAAAACAGUGGGCGUUGACGAUACGAUCUCUUCAACCGCACUUCUCUACUCACAAUUUUAUCGUUUUGAGCCUUUUUUCGCA